UUGGCUGCGACGCGCGAGGGCGGGGCCCGGCGCUGCCCCUACCGUGCUCCCCCCGCUGCCCCGCGCGGAGGUUCCGGCGCCCGCCAGGCCCCGGGCACAGGAAUCCCGAGAGGAAUCGCUGUAGGUCCCGGGCUCGUUGCUGCCGGAAGCUCGGGAUGCAUUAGAAUUCCAGGAAUUCCCUUCCCUUAAGGAAUGCCGCACCAUGCGCUGCCUGGCCCGCCUGAGCUCCAAGGCGCUGCUGGCGCUCUGCUCGCUGCUGGCGCUGCUCUCGCUGCUCCUCUGGAGCCGCUGCUCCGAGCGCUCUCCGAUCCCGCGGGAUCCCCUUUCUCCGGAGCGCCGCGGCAGCGCGGCCGAAGCCGAGGAAGCGUCGCCUCGGGAUGCGCCGCCGAAAGCUCCGGCAAUUCCGGGAAGCGCCGGGAGAGGCGGCUUGCGCUACGAGGAGAUCGACUGCGUCAUCAACGAGGAGCAGACGGUGAAGGGGCGCCGCGAGGGCUCCGAGGUGUUCCUGCCUUUCAGCUGGGUGGAGAAAUACUUCCAGGUGUACGGGCGGAUCGCCCAAUCCGACGGGAACGAGCGCUUCGAGUUUUCCCACAGCUAUUCCAAGGUUUACGCCCAGCGCGCUCCGUACCGGCCCGACGGCGUCUUCAUGUCCUUCGAGGGCUACAACGUCGAGGUCCGCGAUAGGGUCAAGUGUAUCAGCGGUGUUGAAGGAGUCCCUCUCUCCACGCAGUGGGGCCCUCAGGGCUACUUCUACCCCAUCCAGAUCGCCCAGUAUGGGCUGAGCCACUACAGCAAGAACCUGACGGAGCGGCCGCCGCACGUGGAGGUGUACGAGACAGCCGGGGACGGCAACGGGAAUGGGAACGGGAACGGGAACGGGGACUGGACGGUGCCCAAGGGCUGCUCCCUCACCACCGUGUGGGAUAAAUCCCGGCUCAGCGGGGUCAAGCAGUUCUCCUGCCCAGAAUCCUCCGAGGGCGUCUCCCUGGAGCUCAACAACGGCCGGGAUUUCAUCAUCUCCUUCGACCUGAAGUUCCAGAGCAACGGCAGCGUGUCCGUGGUGCUGGAGACCACGGAGAGGAACGCGCUCUUCACCGUGCACUACGUGUCCAACACGCAGCUCAUCGCCCUCCGCGACCGCGACAUCUUCUACGGCGUCGGCGCCCGCACCGCCUGGAGCACCCUGACGCGGGAUCUGCUCACGGAUCUGCGCAAGGGCGUCGGCCUCUCCAACACCAAGGCGGUGAAGCAAACCAAGAUCAUGCCCAAGCGGCUGCUGCGCUUGGUGGCCAAAGGCCGCGGCUUCCUGGACAACGUCACCGUCUCGGCCACGGCGCACAUGGCCGCCUUCUUCGCCGCCAGCCACUGGCUGCUGCGCAACCAGGACGAGCGCGGCGGCUGGCCCAUCAUGGUCACCAGGAAGCUGGGAGAAGGCUUCAAAUCCUUGGAUCCGGGCUGGUACUCGGCCAUGGCGCAGGGCCAGGCCAUGUCCACGCUGGUCAGGGCCUACCUGCUGACCAAGGAGCCGGCGUUCCUGGGCGCGGCGCUGCGGGCCACGGCGCCCUUCAAGCUGCCGGCGGAGCAGCGCGGGGUCAAGGCCGUGUUCAUGGACCGCCACGACUGGUACGAGGAGUACCCCACCUCGCCCAGCUCCUUCGUGCUCAACGGCUUCAUGUACGCGCUGAUCGGCCUCUACGACCUCAAGGAGACGGCGGGCGAGAAGCUGGGCCGGGAGGCGCGGCUGCUCUACGAGCGCGGCAUGGCCUCGCUCAAGGCCAUGCUGCCGCUCUUCGACACCGGCUCGGGCACCAUCUACGACCUGCGGCACUUCAUGCUGGGCACGGCGCCCAACCUGGCGCGCUGGGACUACCACACCACGCACAUCAACCAGCUGCAGCUGCUCAGCACCGUCGACGACGCGCCCGUCUUCAAGGAGGUCGUCAAGCGCUGGAAGAGCUACCUGCGAGGAGGGCGGGCCAAGCACAACUGAGCGCGUCCCCAUCCCGCCCGGCGUUCCCGGACCAGCCGUGCUCGGAACCGGACUCGAAGCGUCGGGAUGGGGACGCUGCCGCGCUCCGAGUCCGAGGCUGGGUUUGGUUGGGAUUGGUUUUUCCUCUCUCAAGGAAAACGUUUGCAGAAGCCAUAGAAGUCCUGGAAGUGCGGUCCCGGCCUGGAGGGUUCGUGCGGGGCCUCUUAAGCCGGGAUUAUGUGUCCGUGUUGGAGCAGCUCCCGUGGGAUGAGCGCCGUCCGCGGGAAUCACUCGGAGCCUGGGAGUGCACAGUGUGGCUUUAAACGGGGGGGGAGGGGGGGGGGGUUUCAUAGGGAUUCUCUUUUUUGGGAUGAAAAGUCCACAUUUGGAAUUUUUUGCCCGUUCUCCACCUGGAGAUCCUGGAGCUGGAGGGUUUCUUACGGAAAACACGUGCCCGGCAUCAUGGAAGCACAACUGGGAGCCUGGAGCACAAUGGCCCCGGGUCCAAGCACCGGUGUCCCCUCGGAGCUAGGAUCCCUUAUCCCGGUCACUGGAAUUCCCUCGGAGCUGGGAUCCCUUAUCCCGGUCACUGGAAUUCCCUUGGAGCUGGGAUCCCUGUCCCAGUCACUGGAAUUCCCUUGGAGCUGGGAUCCCUUAUCCCGGUCACUGGAAUUCCCUUGGAGCUGGGAUCCCUGUCCCAGUCACUGGAAUUCCCUCGGAGCUGGGAUCCCUGUCCCGGUCACUGGAAUUCCCUUGGAGCUGGGAUCCCUUAUCCAGGAACUCCACCUUUUCUACUGGAGUUUGUAAUUCCAUCUGGGAAUUCCUCUGGCCUUUGGCCACCUUUUGGGGCCAUCGGUCGGGAAUUGCUGAGCGGGACACGGAGCUCGUCCUGAGUCCCUCAGGGAAUUCAGGAAUUCAGGGAGCUUUUCCGGGGGGGAUUUGAAUUUUUCUCCUGCUCCAGCCCAUCCAGCAUUUUAGAAAUCCAACCCCAGAGGGCUCUGAGCUCUCCCUGGGCUGGAAUUCCUGGAGAAGCUGCCCCUGGAUCCCUGGAAUGUCCAAAGCCAGGCUG